AUGGCCCAGUUCGCCGGCUCCUACCAGUUCGUCUCUGCGGACAACGACGAAGCCCUGCUGACGGCAAUGGGAUUGGGCGCGAUGAAGCGAAAGAUACUGCUGAACAUCAAGCCCGACGUCGACAUCAGCGUAGACGGCGACCACUGGACACUCAGCACCGUCAGCGCAAUUCAUACAAACAAGCGUGAAUUUGACCUGGGUCAGCCACAUCAGUUCACCAGGCCAGACGGCAAGGCGGUAACGGGAAUGGUCACCAAGGAGGGUAACAAACUGCUCGAGACGCAGAAACACGAGCAAGGUGUGAGCCUGGAGAUCACGCGCGAGUUCAUCGACUCGCAGAUGGUCAUCACCAGGAAGAUCGGCGAGGUUGUGUCCGUGAGCGUGCAUGAGAGGAAGUAG